CAAAUGUUUUCAUCCGGUUAACUGUUUUUCAUCGUUGAUUAAACAGAAACGUUUGUUAAUUAACUUUAAUUGAUCAGCUAAUUGAUGAGCAAAUGUUUUCUACCUUUUAAUGACCAGGAAGCUAAAUCAAGCAGCUCAUCAGUUGAUCAUUUCCUUGUUCCCCAUUUUAUGUGAGGUAAAACUUUGACGCGAUUAAUUGAAAAAAAAUUUUUUCUUCUUCACUUUUAAUUUUUAUUCAAACAAACAAACAAAUUCAACAAUCUAAAGUGCAAUCAAUGGAUCAAUUUAAUUUAAACUUUAAUGUUAAUCCUUCCAAUAGUAAUUCUAAUAAUAAUAAUAAUCCUCCAAUUCAUCCUAAUUUUGUACCAAGCGAAAUGAAUCAAGUACUUGCUGCUCAAUAUCAACAAAAUUUUCUAACUGGUGGUCCACCAACUCUUGUUGUUAGUCAGAGUAAUAUUCCUUUAUAUCCUGGUUAUCAAACAAUUGGUACAAACAAUCAUAAUAUUAAUGGAAAUGGUGGUAAUCAAACCUCAAAAUACAAUCAAUUACUUGCUGUGAUAGAAAUGUCCAGAGAUGUUCGACCAAUUUAUUCUGGUUCAAAGACUUCAACUGAUCGUUUUAAACGUGGUAUGAUUCAUGCGAAAGUUUUAAUCAGAGAAUGUAUUCUCGAAUUGGAAAGAAAUCACAAUAAUAGAGGAUAAUUGAUACUUGUAUAUAAACUAUUACUAUAUUUAGUAAUGGAUGUUAACCCCUCCUUCAUGGACAAUCCAUCCAGACAAACUGAUUCAUUUAAUUCGUACAAUGAUUAAAUUAUCACCGCCCGCCUACCAUUUUUUAUCCUCAAUCAUGAAACAAAAUUCGUGCAAUCACAUAGAAAGAGAAAUACAAGUAACUCCAUCUUUUUAUUUAGUCGAAAAUCGAUUCAUUUUCUCUUUUAAUUUGACCAAAUAUAUCUCUUUCCUCCUUCCCUUUUUACAAUUUAAUCUAUUUUGAAUAAAAAAAAAGUGAAAUAUUAACAAUCAA